GUAAAUUUCAUAUUAAGUAGUAGAAAACAAAUUGAACACUUGUUGCAAUAUAGGUCGACUCAGAACUUCAGCAAUAAAUUUUCUUAAGAAGAAAAAAAUUAAUUUUAUUAUUACACGUUUAUUUUAUUUUCCUUUCUGAUUCUGUGGUGGUAAUUGCGUUAAGAGUAUUUGUCGAUAGGUUCAAUUGAAAAAGAUGAUGAAGAUAAAAGUGAAACACAAACAGACGUCCUUUGACAGCUGUGGGCGAUACCUUGCAUUGAACACAACAUUACACCACCUAGUGGUAGAACAACUUGCCAGAAGAUGUAGACGAAUCGAUCGGAAACCUUGCUGGCAGUACAUGUGGAAGGCUUGCUGUAUUGCAGUCUCUUCGUUUACUCCUCUGGAUUUUCAACCAAUGAUGAAACACGUGGCAAGUUGGUUGGUUUUAUUUGCUACCUCCGUAAUUGCUGUAGAGGAUAAACUACAGUGUUAUCAAUGUUUAGUGAGUGACAACAAAUUAUGUACUGAGGAAUUCCUGGCGCCCUGUCCCACGAGCCAAGCUUUUGACAGAUGCAUGACUAUUAUCUCCAACUCUAAGGAUGAAGGUUAUCAGAUCGAAAAGAAAUGUGCUUUAGCCCCGUGCAGUUUGAGAGAUCCUAGUCAAAAUACAGGUCUAGGCUUGGAUCAUUGCGACAGAAGCAAAGCAGAAUUUUCCUGCAUCAGUUGUUGCAAAGGAGAUGGAUGCAACAAAGAUGGAAGUGAAAAUCUUCAGUCUUUUUCCUCUUACAUCAUUCUUGUUCUAUGUCACCUCUUAGGUUUUUUCUACAACCGAAUUAUUAUAUAAUUUCUUUAACCUUUGACCUUCUAUUUUAUUCAGAUUUUUGCUCAAAUUUGUAGCUCUCUUAAUUUACUUCGAGGGGUCGAGAUAAACUUCAGCAAAUCUGAGAACAUUUCUACCUUAAGAAGAAAGGAAAAUCAUAUCAGUUCUGUGUUUUAUUGUUUCAUUUUUUUAGAUUAGAGGACCUUUAAAAACAAAAGCCGAUUUCUGUGUAAAUUUGUGCGUUGAAUCGAACUGUAGCCAAAUCUAGGGAUCGAGUGCCAAAAAUUUUGUUUUAUUUACUACAUAUCUAUAUGCACAAUAUAAAUAAAUAUAUAUAUAUAUAAAUAUAUAUGGUUUGUAUAUCCAGACAAUGUUCUGUGACCAUCUGAUCGUUUUUCUUACCUUUUCGAUGGGUUUAAACCCGAAAUUUGAAUAGAAAACAGAAAUUCUUAAAUGUCUACUUACUUUAAUAUGUUGAAAAAUGUAUUUAUUAUAUAUACACGCUCACUUAUGAAUAGAUCCGUUACUGUAUUCACUCUACUCACGUUCUAUUGAUAUAAAAUCCCUAAACGAGGGAAAGAAUCACUUUAAUUUUUAAUCAUUAUCAUAAUUAGUUUUUAUUCCACGCAAAAAAAAAAUUAAAUGUAAUCAUUUCAUAAUUUGGUAUUUUAUUUUUAAGGCUUUACGGUAAACUGUUAAAUCCAAAAUUAUUGUUGUAAAUACCAGCAAUAGUACAGAUUUCUGCCACAAGAUGGCAGUAGUUUACUAUUCACUGCCAUAAGUAGACUGCACCUAUAGGCAUUUCCUUUUUUAUUUUUAUUUUUUUCCUUUUUUUUUUAUUCUUCCAAAUUGGUUUCCGGCUCAUAAAACAAGAAAAAUUAGUUUUUACCGUUAAUUACUUUCUUUAGCGCUGUAUAUAGCUUUAAUUGCUUGAUAUUGCUCUAGAUGUAUAUAAAUAAAUCAAUAAUAAUGUCCACUAGUAAUAAAAAAAUUUAAAUCUACCAAUCAGCGACGAGAUACAAUAAAAUUUUAUUUACGUUUACGUUAAUCGAAACGUAUGGAGGAUUUUUAUUGGUUUAUUUAUAUGGUAUUUGCUUUGCUGGAAAUUUUUCAUCAAAAAAAAUAUAUACAGUAUAUAUUUAAAAAAAAAAACGUUAAAAAAAGAAAUACAAUAUACUUUUCCUGUGACAAAAAUUUCAAGCAUUUAUCAAAUAAAAUUCAAUAUAUAGUAUUAUAUUUAUGACAAACAUGUAAGCAAAAUAUUGAGACCCCAAAUAAUAAAAAAGAAAUCAAACAAUAGAACAAAUUUGUAUAAAGAUCGUGUGUACACGUGUACGUUUAUGUCGAUUUUUAAGAAAUGUAAUCAGAUUUAAUCCUCAUAAUAAACAUUUAAAUAAUC